CGCAGGAUUGUAAAAUUAGCCGCUCGAUCGCCGCAUGCACCACCCGCUGUCCAAGCAUCAAUGGCUCGUCAACGAAGCUGCGAUCGCUGCCAUCACGCACGCCGACGGUCUUAGCCCUGCGCACAAAUCGUCCAUGGAGGUGGCCGAGCUCGAGCAAGUGUACAAGGUGUUUCUCUUCUACGACUCGUCCUUCCAUGGCGACCAGAUUCCGUCCAUCAACCUCGCGCGGUUCCUCGAAAUCAUGCGCGACGCCCACAUUUUGUCGGCCAACUUUUCGGAGCUCCACGCAGAAGAGAUCUUUGCCACAGCGAUGCUCGGGAAGCUUCGCACGUACCUCGAUGCGGACGGCGCGCCCGCGCUCUCCUUCAAGCUCUUUUGCGGGGCACUCAUGCAAGCUGCCAUCGUCAAGUUUCCGGGUAUUUCGCCGAAUUUGGCACUGCGCAAGCUCGUGCGCCGUCACUUGUUUUCUGUGUUUAACGACGUUCUCGUUGAGCCGGAUGGAUCGAGCCGGCGCCGAAGCAUUGCGAUGGCGCUCGCCGACGCCUACUGGCGGCCAUCGGAAGCGCGCGGCGAGGCCAAACUCACCAACAGCCGCCGCAUUUCACAAGUUGUGUACGACAAGGUCGUGAGUCGAAUCAACCCGUCGCCCGCCGCCAUCGUGACCGAAGCUGACAUUCCCCUGGACGUCCGCGAGCAUUUUUCCGAAGCCAACUACCGCGUUAUCGUCGACCGCUUCCACUUGUUUGACCACAUGGAGGCCGGCGUCCUCGACCACGAAGACGUUUUUGUCUACUUGCACGGCCUCACCGAAACGUUUGCCAUUCGCGACGUGCAGCAUGCAACCGAGCGUCUCACGUCGUUUCCCUCCAACCGCGUCACGUUGCCGUUUGUCUUCAAAGUGCUUUCAACCCACGUCGAGCGCGAUCCCGGCGCGCCACCGCUGCCGUGCGACGACGACGAGACAACCGACGAGAUGGACACUGAGGAGAAGCAGAACGGAGAGAUUCUGCCGGCGCCAUUGACGCUUCCGGUCCAUUCCAGCUCCGAGGUGGUGACGCCGCGCACGCCGCACAACACGCUGCUCGGCAUCUCGGUGAACACACACGACGACCAUUGGGACGUCCGCACCGAGACUGCACCGAGUGAGAAUACGCGACGGAUGAGCAUUGAAGGUCUCUUGCAGCCGCGGUUUGAUGCCAAGACUGUGGACAGCAUCAUCCAGCGCAUCACCAUCACCAACGCCAGCGAAAAGAAAAAGGCAAAGAAGAUAUCACUGGAGCCGCAGCUGCCGCGGAUCGUGCUCUCGAUCGACGAGGCCAUUUCCGGUGUCACCAAGUUUUGGGAAGGCCGCAUCCGUGGAUGCCGCGUCAUUGAGAGCGCGGGGAUUCUCCAAGGGGGCGAACAGCGCAUGAUGACCGAGGCGAGUACGCGCAUGAACUCGGAAGAGUCGGCGCUCUUGCUCUUGCACCACCGCGUUCGGGCGCGCCUCAAAGGCGGCUACAGAAUCAUCGAAGGCAAGCGGUUUUUGCCCGACGACGCCAACGUGCCCAAGCCCAUUGUCGUCGAACGAAAGAGAGCAUCGCUGGAAAAGGGCAGCACGGUCGUGCGCUCGACGCCCAAUCUGCCGCUGUACCCGGCGACGCACCAUCGCGCGCUGUACCAAACGUCCACAUAUGCACUUCCCGACGAGUGGGUGCCACCCCCCGAGCUCACGCCCCCCGACACGUCGUGGGUGCAUGGAAGCUUUUCGUCGCCAAUCGCUUCUGAACGUACUCGACCCCAAAGCAACCAGCGAGUACAAGGCCACAUGUACCUUCGAUCCCCCAAACAGCACCGUGUGGAGCCAUUGACAUCUCGACCCAGUCCAAUAUGAGACAUUGUUCUGUGUGCAGAGACUUUUUACCGUUCUACUUACAACUAAAUGUCGAGCUGCGUCAACAUGGCGACACCCCGUC